AUGCUUACGGCAAUCAAUCGAAACUCGUCUUUCGUGCGUCUCCAAGACGUUUCCAACGUUUUCUCUAGCGUGUCUACAAAUCCUGCUGGAAAAGAAAUCAUUCUCAAUUUUCUGCUGGAGCGAUGGGAUGAUAUAUACGAGGGACUGAUGCCAGAGAGUACCUACGUCGACGAUAUUAUAAUUUCUUCCGCAGCUGGUAUACGAACACAGCACCAAAUAGAUCAAAUCAAGAACCUGAAAAAGAAUGGCAAACAUGCGAAGAACUUUGGUGGUUUUGAUGAAGUAAUCGAAGAGUCAGAGCACAAAGUUGAGUGGAUCGCAAAACAUUUCCAGAACCUAGCGGAAUUUUUCAAAGAACGCGUUAAAACGGCCAGGCAUCUGUAG